AGCAGCAAGCGGCAUAUACGAAGCUACAGAAGAGAAAAGGAUCCACCAUCUUCUGUUUCUCCCCUGUCCCGUCCGGAACAACACGCCAAAGCAAGCGCACACACCACAAGAGCUCAAAGUAUACCAGCCCGAUCGAUGGCGUUUCCGGCGGCGAGCGGAGCAGCCCCACCGGCGCCGCUUCCGGUCGUGGGGCAUCAGUUUUGCGCGCCGUACGUGGUGCCGCUGACCGUGACCAAGAAGACCCUCAGCAUCUCCGACGGGGACUUCGCCAUCACUGACGCCAACGGCGCCCUCGUGCUCAAGGUCAAGGGAUCCAUCUUCAGCAUGCGCCACCGCCGCGUCCUCCUCGACGCCGCCGGCCAGCCCAUCCUCUCCAUGCAAGAGAAGGUAUUCAGUAUGCACAACAGAUGGGAAGUGUUCAGAGGGGACAGCUCAAGCGCAAGCGAUCUGCUCUUCAGCGUGAAGAAAUCUUCGUUGAUCCAAUUCAAGACAGAGAUGGAUGUCUUCCUGGCUGGGAACACCGCGCAGCAGGUGUGCGACUUCAAGAUCAAGGGCAACUACUUCGACAGGUCCUGCGCCUUCUACCUUGGCGACUCCACCACAAUGGUAGCCCAAAUGAACCGUAAGUUCACUAUUUCGAAUGUGCUGCUCGACAGGGACACAUUUGUGGUUACUGUGUUUCCGCAUGUCGACUACGUGUUCAUCGCGACUCUUGUUGUGAUCCUGGAUGAGGUUCACAGGGAGAAAUACGAUGGAUGAGCGAGAUUGUACACUAAGCUUCCUUUGAGCUCUGGCAGUGUCGUGUCAUCUAAAGUUGCUGUUGUAUGUACCUGACCUGAUCGAGGGUUGCAUGUAUUGCAUUAGCCAGCUGGCUAUCUGAACCAUGCUGAAUUGUGAUGGUCUGCAAUAAUGGGAGAUUUGAUAAUAACAUCUCCAGAACGCAUGACUUUGAUCAUAUAUACUUUUCUUGGCC